AUGGAUCAAGAAUCAAUGGACACCGACUAUGACGUGAUCGUAUUGGGCACCGGUAUUACUGAAUGUAUCUUGUCGGGGCUUCUUUCUGUAGAUGGGAAGAAAGUUCUGCACAUCGAUAAGCAGGAUCACUACGGUGGAGAGAGUGCCUCUGUGACAUUGUCUCAGCUGUACGAGAAGUUCAAGCAAAACCCUAUCUCCAAGGAGGACAGAGAGGCAAGGUUCGGAAGGGAUAGGGAUUGGAAUGUAGAUUUGAUUCCCAAGUUUUUGAUGUCCAAUGGAGAGUUGACCAACAUCUUGGUUCACACGGAUGUGACAAGGUACGUCGACUUUAAGCAAGUCUCUGGGUCGUACGUGUUCAAGCAGGGCAAGAUUUACAAAGUUCCUGCCAACGAGAUGGAGGCCAUUUCAUCUCCUCUGAUGGGAAUCUUCGAGAAGAGAAGGAUGAAGAAAUUUUUGGAGUGGAUCAGCUCGUAUAAGGAAGAUGACUUGGGGACGCACCAGGGCCUUGAUCUCGACAAAAAUACGAUGGAUGAGGUGUACUAUAAGUUUGGUCUGGGGAACUCGACGAAGGAGUUCAUUGGACACUCAAUGGCGCUUUGGACCAACGAUGAUUAUUUGAAUCAGCCAGCUAGGCCUUCGUUUGAGAGAAUCCUGUUAUACUGUCAGAGUGUGGCGCGCUACGGUAAGUCCCCCUAUCUCUAUCCGCUUUACGGACUUGGUGAGCUGCCACAGGGGUUCGCACGACUUUCCGCCAUUUACGGCGGUACUUACAUGUUAGAUAACCCGAUCGACAAAGUACUAUACACAGAAGAUGGGAAGUUUAAAGGUGUAGAAACCAAAUUGGGAACAUUUAAUGCUCCUUUAGUCAUCGCAGACCCAACAUACUUCCCUGAAAAAUGCAAGUCCACGGGCCAUAGAGUCAUAAGAGCAAUCUGCGUGUUGAAUCACCCAGUCGCCGGGACCGGGAACGCAGAUUCCCUGCAGAUCAUCAUUCCUCAAAGCCAGGUGGCAAGAAAAAAUGACAUUUACAUCGCAGUCGUGUCCGACGCGCACAACGUCUGCUCCAAAGGCCACUAUUUGGCUAUUAUCUCCACAAUCAUUGAAACAGACAAACCUCACAUCGAGCUGGAACCUGCGUUCAAGCUGUUAGCCCCAAUCGAGGAGAAAUUCAUGGGCAUUGCUGAGCUCUUUGAGCCCAAGGAAGAUGGCUCAAAGGAUAAUAUCUACCUAUCAAGAUCUUACGAUUCCUCUUCUCACUUCGAGUCGAUGACUGAUGAUGUCAAGGAUAUCUACUUCAGGGUCACCGGCCAUCCACUGGUAUUGAAAAGCAGAGAAACUGAUCAAAAGGAGUGA